CUCACAUCAAAUGGAUAAUUCACCACUUCAUUAUGUGGUACUGCCGAGGCGCCGAUCAUGUGAGGUUGGGUCUCUUGACUUGGACCACUCGUACGAUCCAUCUUAAACUCUCUCUCUCUACCUCCUUCUCGAGAUCCAUUGUCGCUUUAGGAGGGCAGUCCGAUUAACCUUUGCGCACCUCAGAAAAAAAAAAAAGUCUUCCCAAAACAUCCAUCCCUCAAAAAUGACCCCGUUCCGCAACUUCCUCGCAAAAAGGUCCACGGCGCCUAAUAGCGGGGAAGUCGAUAACAACAACGACAUAAGUCGCUUGUCCACAGACAGUCAUCAAUCAUCGCCCUUGAGUAUCAGGAAAAGCACCGAUAAUGAACCACCCGUAUAUAAACUGAGUGUGGUCGACGACAAUGGGGCUUAUCUUCCGCCAUCCCCGCCAGAAAAACAGAACUUCUGGCGCAGGUACCCGGGGUCCAAUAGAUCCUCGAAUAACCAUCGCGACCUGGUCGACGAGAAUGAGCCGUUCUCAAUAUCCCGCGAAUCUUUCGAUUCAUAUCGCCGGUCCUUCGAUAUAUCCGCCCGAUCACCUGUAAGUUAUAGCGACGUAUUGCCCUCCCGCACCUCGCUCGACUCUCGUUUCUCCCGUCUACCAUCGCCCUACGAAAGGUCUCCCCGAAAGCAGCCCACAUCGAUGGAAGAAGAGCAUUUCGAAGAAGUCGGACUCGACGACGACAACGAAGCGAAGCCGAAGAAGAAAGGCAUCUUCUCACGAUUUGGCGACUUUACCACGAAUGACAGCCACAUAUCAACUAAUUCCAAACUAGGCUUUCACCUGCCCGGCCGAAAACGGGGCCAGAGCAACGUGGGAUCAGAAAUGGGCUGCAUAAAGACCCCGCCAGCUGUAGAGACGGAAGUCCGUGAUGCGUGAUAUCGUCACAAGGCAUGAUACAUUUGGGUAAUGGGGUGGUAGGCGUUUCGGGGAUUGAUCAGGGUUCUUCCCGUUCGACUACUAGUAAUAUAUUUUCACUUUGGUUUGGAUCCUUGGGCGCUGAGAGCCUGAGUAACCACUUUGCUACGUGUGUAUACGACCUAAUUGAUUGUACUAUUUUCUCUUUCAGUCA